AUGAGCACUAGCACGCUGAGUAUAUCGAAGACGGACAUGCUCGAUGGGGGGACGUGGAAGUGCCCCACCAUCGUGUUCAUCCUGUCCCCCUGCUCCACGAAGAGGGAGGCCAUCUGGGUGAACACCACCGAGUACAUGAUGGUGCAGACCCAGAUGGGGAGGAGCUUGAGCACGCAUUUCACUUCUUCCACCUGGGUGAUCGUGCAGAGCCUCCAUCGAUUCUCCCCCACUCCGCUCCCCUGGCAGUCCUCGGGGGUCAACGUCGCCGCCUUGUCCAAGAACCUGAAAAAUGAAAAUACUCCAUCAGACGGCGAUGGCCAAGUCCAAGCUCUCUGUCUCUGUCUCUGUCUCUCUGUCUCUCUCUCUCGCCCGGUCGCUCUAUUUUACAGGUUCAGCAGGUAAUCGUCACCUGAAAUCUUGGCUGUGGAGGAUCUUCCUGCUCCCUGCGAUGGCAGACUGCUUCCCUUCGAGCUCGUACAGCUCCGCCCCCUCGCGGGGAGGCACGACGUCCCACUUCCUCGCGGCGGCGACGAACACCUGAGAGAUACGGUUCAGGGGGUUGCCGCAGGGCUUGAAGUGCCUGUACCGCCGCCGCCCCGAGUAGAAGAGCAGCAGGGCGGCGAUGGCGGAACCCGCCGCUGCCCAGAAUCCCGUCGUCCACUUUCCCUCGUCCUCGUAGUAAGCGAGAAUGGUGUUGGACAGCAAGGAGCCCCCGUUUAGGGCGAAGUAGAAGUAGGUGAAGAAGAUGACUUUGGAGUGCUCCUCGACGGGAUCAUUAUCGUCGAAUUGGUCCGGUCCAAACGUGGCGAUGGCCGGCUGGUAACCUCCAUUUCCGAAGGCGAUCAGAUAGAUCGACAUGUAGAAGAGCGAAGUUCCGAAGACCGUCGCGGGUUGACACUCCAGCUUCCCGUCUCCGCAGUCGGCUGGGUUGACCAGAAUGAACCACGACGACAGAGACAAGAGCACCAGCCCCUGUCAGUUCAACAUAGAGAACUCACAGAUCACGACCACCCAAGUCAACGUUCCCAAGAGCCAGAGGUGAGAAAUAGUACCAGGAUGAAGAUGAUCUGAAAGACGGCGCAGGUCAGAUACCGCCCCCAAUACGAGUCGCUCAUGAAUGCGCCUAUCAGGGAGAAGAUGUAGACCGUGCCCGUCCACUUGCUGACGUUGUUCGCAGCCUCGGCGAUGUCUUGGUGAAGAACCCGAGUCAAGAACAGCACCAGAUUCACCCCCACCCCGAAGAAUGCGAGUGUCGCCAGACCUUGAUUCGCUGUGUUUUUUUCAGACGAACAACAUACACCACAGAAAUCGAGUAAGAACCGAAACAAAAGAGAAAUAG